AUGCGUAGCGAUGGGAUCUUAGGAAACAGAGAGGGGGGGAGGGGAAGAAAUUGGUUGAGGAGAAGGGAGAGAUGGCUGGUGGUGCUGGGCGUCGUCCUCCACGCCGUUUACAUGCUCAGCAUUUUCGACAUCUAUUUCAAGACUCCAAUUGUCCACGGUGUCGAUCCUGUCACUCCUCGCUUCGCCGCUCCCGCCAAACGCCUCGUCCUCCUCGUUGCUGAUGGUUUGCGCGCGGACAAGUUUUUCGAGCUGGACGCGGAAGGGAAUCACCGAGCACCAUUUCUCAGGAGCAUAAUCGAAACGCAGGGUCGUUGGGGGGUUUCUCAUGCAAGGCCUCCCACAGAGUCCAGACCUGGUCAUGUUUCCAUAAUUGCUGGCUUAUAUGAAGAUCCCAGUGCUGUAACAAAAGGGUGGAAGGCUAAUCCUGUUGAGUUCGAUUCGGUGUUUAACAGAAGCCGGCAUACCAUUUCUUACGGAAGUCCUGAUAUAGUUCCCAUUUUCUGUGGUGCCUUGCAGCAUUCCACUUGGGAUACCUAUCCCCAUGAGUUUGAAGACUUUGCAACUGGUUUGGCAUCAUCAUCUUCACAGUUUGAAUUUCUUUUAGUAUUGUUGAUUCUUCAUGCAGAUGCAUCAUUCCUGGACAUGUGGUCUCUGGAUAAAUUUGAAAGCCUUCUUAAUAGAUCCAGAGAAGACCCAAAAUUAAAGGAAUUGCUGCAGCAGGAUAAUCUUGUAGUAUUCCUCCACCUGCUUGGAUGUGACUCUAAUGGCCAUGCACAUAAGCCCUAUUCUUCCAUCUAUCUCAACAAUGUUAAGGUUGUUGACCAUGUAGCUGAAAGUGUUUACAAUCUUGUUCAAGAUUAUUUCAAGGAUAAUCGGACAGCAUAUAUUUUUACAGCAGAUCAUGGAAUGAGUGACAAAGGAAGCCAUGGAGAUGGGCAUCCUUCAAAUACUGAUACUCCUCUUGUUGCUUGGGGAGCUGGUGUUCAGUAUCCAAAGCCAAUAUCUAGCAGCAACCAUUCGGAUUGUGGAUUUAAGUUUGUUGAUGACCAUGUGCAUGACACACCAACACCAGUUGAAUGGGGCUUGCACGAGAUAGAAAGGGUGGAUGUCAAUCAGGCGGAUAUUGCACCACUCAUGGUUUCUACAUUGCUUGGUCUGCCAUGUCCUGUUAAUUCAGUUGGAAGUUUACCCCUAAAUUACAUUAACAUGACCAAGGCUGAUGAAGUUGAAGCUGUUUUCUCCAAUACAAAAGAAAUACUGAACCAGUUUCUUCGCAAAUCACCUAGAGAUUAUGAAGCUGCAAUUGAUCUAUCCCAAAACCUCAGAAAUUUGGCUUUGCAAGGGCUUCACUAUUUCCAGACUUACGACUGGCUGAUGCUCAUGUCUAUAAUUACCCUUGGGUAUGUUGGUUGGAUGAUCUAUCUUGUUCUUCAUGUUCUGCAGUCUUAUACCUCACUGCCAGUAAAUUCUUUUGGAAUGGAGCAGGCAGUUCAGAAAAAUAACCGUGGAAAAAUAAUCAGUGAAUACCAGUUUAUAAAAACAUUAUGGAAGAAAGUAUCUGGAAGGAGAAUGAAUUAUAUCAUUAAGCUUCUAGUCACCACUGCUAUCUCAGUUUUCAUUCUUGAGUUCCUGGUUAACAGCUUCACAGAGAGGAAGCUCUAUACAUGGUGUUUUUUUAUUACUGGGGCCAGUGCUUCAUUUUAUCUUUAUAAGUCAAUUCCCUGGAGAUCUGGUGUACCGAUAUAUGUUUGCAUAGCAUGUUGGUUUUUGUCUCUUUUCACAUUGAUGCCAGCAGAAAUUCCUGACAAUAAUAAGUUAGUUGUGGAGGAGGUUCUUUUGGUUGGUUUAUCUUCAGUCAUGGUGUAUUUAUCAACUGUUCACAGAGCUGAAAAGCAAGAGUUGCUUGCAUCGCACCAAUUGAUAAAUUGGUCUGUUGCUGACGUGAAGCGGGAGGCAUAUCAAGAGUUGGAAGUGGAUGUUCCCAAUGAUGAUCAACUUGGAAGGAUGGGGAGGAUGCUUUUUUGGAUCUAG